CACAAACCCAGCACACACCUGGGAGUUAUCGUCACCGUCCUGGUUGGAUUCAUCCGGCUCAACACGCAGUAAAAACACCAGAAAACCUUUAUUCAGAGCUGGAGGUCUUCAGACAGGAAGCCAUGUUUGGGAGCGGUCUGGUUGGGUUCUGUCUGCUGGUGCUGGCGCUGGGUUUCCUGGGCCGGCCCGGCCUGGCACACAAUGGUAAGAUGCAUUCAGAGUCUCUCCAGGAGACCGUUGUCCCCGAGCCAGCGCAGUGCCUCGUCUCCAGGAUCUACAAUCUGAUCCGGCCGGCGGAGAGUAAAGACGACCGGAGCUGCUGGCAGGAUUGUUUUGCAAAGACGGACUGCCACAUGGCGGUGGUCACCAAACGGAUCAGCGCCGCACAACAGUGUCUCCUGGUUAACUGUCUGAACCACGGCAACCACUCGUUACCCAGAGAUCCCAGCGCAGAGAUCACCGUUUACCCAAAGAGCACCAUUGACGAUGAACUAAGAGCCAAUCUCAUGAAGCGUGCACAUGGAGCAGUUGACGAGAGACUUCGAUGUUAUGAGCGCGGCUGCCAGUCGGAGAGUCCCAGAUUCUUCUACAACACCACCAGUUCCAGGUGUGAGAGGCUCUUCGGUGGCUGUGGGUCCAACAUGAAAACAUUUAAGACCCUGAAAAGCUGUGCAACUCUCUGCCAUAAAAAAGUCCGUUGUUAUCUGCCUGUGGAGUAUGGUCAAACCCCCCCCGUAGGCCAUCUUCCCUUUGGCCCUGACAAUGUUUCCAGCACCAACGCUGACACUACAGGCAAGCCUAAAGACACCACCGUCAACUUCUACUUCUAUAACGUGUCGAGUGGGAGCUGUGAGGGAUUUCACUUCAGAGGCAGUGCGUCCAACGGGAACAUCUUUCGGACCGUGCAGGAGUGUGAAAGUCUCUGUGGUGAUGUCAAAGGUAACAAAUCAUUUAAUAAUAAAGUAUAA